UGUCUGUCUUUCAGCUGUUUCAGUUAAAAUAAUUACAAAAAAAAAUUAGUCGUGUCGUACUUUGUUCAUCGUUCUGUAGAAAUUGUGUUAAAUAAAAAGUUAAUUUUUGGUACGUGGAAGAAGAAACAAUAAUUCUUUGUGCAAUACAUUAAAUAAAUUGUUAAAAAUGUGAACAAAAAAAGAGAUAACUCUAUUGCUGUGAUAUUUUAUGAUGCAGUGGUCAGUUUAUGUGGGACAUCUUGUUAAAAUGUUCAUAAAAAGGUAAAAACAAUCGAAUGGUAAAUGAUGGAUGAUGAGGAAGCUGAUUUGCGCGAGCAGAUAUUCCACAAUAAUGUUCGGGAGCAGAUCAUUUUCUUGCUAUUAUUUAUAUUAUUAUAUCUGUUGUCGUUUAUGCUGAUUGAGAAGUUCCGACGGCGUGACAGCGAAGAUUACUUUACAGCUGAUGAGGAUGAAGUCAAAGUGUACAGGAUCAGUCUGUGGCUAUGUACCUUUGCCCUAGCCGUAUCACUGGGCUCUGCUUUAUUGCUGCCAUUGUCAAUAAUUAGUAAUGAAGUGCUUAUUUUGUACACCGAUACCUACUAUGUUAAAUGGUUGAAUAGCUCUCUAAUUCAAGGUCUUUGGAAUCAUGUAUUCCUAUUUUCAAAUUUGUCGCUAUUUGUGUUCCUGCCAUUUGCAUACUUAUUCUCCGAGUCAUCUGGGUUUCCUGGGUGCCGUGGCCUGCGUGGACGUGUAUAUGAGACAUUUAUAGUCCUGGCGCUCCUGGGUGUGGUGAUGUUAGGCUUAGCAUAUGUGAUAUCUGCUUGGCUUGAGGGUGACAGAUCCAGUAUUGAUGCUCUGCUUAGUUUGUGGACUUAUCUGCCAUUUUUAUAUUCUUGUGUAUCCUUUGUGGGUGUCCUGAUGUUGCUUGUAUGCACCCCUUUGGGCUUCGUGCGUCUCUUCGGCGUGAUAAGCGGUGUGCUGGUGAAGCCUCAGUUUCUCCGAGACCUGAACGAGGAGUACUAUGUCUACUCGUUUGAAGAGAAGACAAUACGGCGUAGGAUCGACACAUCUCUCGCCUCAGGUGCUGGCUACAUAUCUCCAGAGCCGAUGUAUGUUGACCACGGAGAUAUAUCAGCGCCUAUCAACACUGAUCUAUCCCGGACUAAGGAUGUGAUAGACCAUCAUUGUAAAGAGACGCCCCUACUCAGGCUGCGGAAUGGCGCGCUACAAGCCGGCCUUAAUGAGAGACUGGAGAGGAUCGUAGCUAUGAGGAAGGAGGUUGAGAAGCAACGUAAGACGUCUUCGCUGCAGCGCAACGUGGUAUACCCGUUAGCCAUGCUACUGUUGCUGGCACUGACCGCCAUCACCGUGCUGAUGGUGCUGCAGAACGCCCUUGAGCUCCUUAUCGGCAUUAAGGCGCUGCCGCUCAGCACACGGCAAUUCACGCUGGGCAUAGCUUCGCUGUCGAAGCUGGGGUGGGCAGGGGCGACGUUGGAGGCGUUUCUCAUCCUGUACUUGCACGCGGCCUCGCUGACUGGUCUGGCGGGCCCCAUGGCCGCGCUGCGCCUCUCGCCGCGCGCGCGCCGCACGCCGCUCAGGAAGAUCAUCGGCGCCUGCGCACUCCUCGUCGUCUACUCCACCGCGCAGCCGCUGCUCGUUAAAAUACUAGGUAUAACAAACUUCGAUUUGCUCGGCGAGUUCGGUCGCAUCAAAUGGCUGGGUAACUUCAAGUUGGUGAUGUUAUACAACGCGCUGUUCGCGGGCACGGUGACGCUCUGCCUCGUGCGCAAGUUCACAGCCAGCGUGCGACGUGAACUAUACAACAGGUUGGUGGAGAACCUCAACACGGUCGCGCACUGCGUCUCCUUCCUCAACAACUGACGUCAUAUGUCACUGACGUAACUACUGUUGCCAGUUUAAGUGAAAUGUCUUACUUUUAGUAGUUUUUUUUUUGUAUGAACAAUAGCACCGUGAUUAUUUAAAAAAAUAUAUGAAAUUUAAUGUUUUUUUUGACACGAAAAUGAAUAAUGAUUUUAAUGUUUUUUGUACUAAAAGGAAUUAUGAUAUGUUAGGAUUUUAAAUUUAAAUUUUAUUCAUUUUGCAAAAAAUAUAAAAUGAUCUAGUUGACAUUAAUUCUUGAAAUUUUUUUAAGAUAAUUGUGAAAUUAAAAAAAAAUGUAAAAUUGUUUAUGUGAUCUAUAGAUUAUCAAUUUCCGAGUUUUUAAGUUUUUGAGGAAAGAAACGUGUGCGAAUUGAAACGAAUUAUAUUUAUGUUUUAACCAAAAAGACUGAAUUUGUUAACUAGUAUCGGUUAAUUUGUAUGGACGUGAGAUUAUUUAUUUUAACGUAUGAUUUGUAUUUGAUUGGUUUAGUGGUAAAAUAUUGAUGAAUUUAAUAAUUUAAUUGCCAUGAUCUAUGUAUUUAGUAUCUCCUAAGUUAUGGUGUAUCAAGUAAGUCCAGUUUCAAGUAAAUUUCAUGUAUAAAGCUGUUAUUUUAAAUGUAGUCAUGAUAUUAAGGUUAUUGGGUGGUUAAUCUUAGUAAAGUUUAGACUUAUAUCUCUUGGUAUAACUUUAUGCGGAAAAAAAUCUGCAUUUUUUGCGUUUACUAUAAUUUAAAAAAAAAUGUUUAGAAUCUACCUUGAUCACAUUUUAAGGUAAUCAUUUAGAUUUUAAUAGAAAAGACAAUUAAAGACUGUUUUCUUUUAUCUUUUUGCUCAAUGUCAAUCUGCAGUAAACAUAGAGUCGAUCAAUAACGAACACAUUAAAAAUAAAAAGUUUAUGGUUGAAAAAAUUUUAUACUCUAUGGUUGCUGGAGCUAUUCAUAGAUUAGUAUUAAAACCAUCAAACCAUCUCAUUAACGCACAUUCACACCAUCGAACAUCAUAUGUGUGCUUUCUCAUUUUUUUCGUUAAAUAUAAUUUAAUACAAAUAAUACGUUUUACCUUCAAGUACGUUGAUAAAUAGUUGUCGUGGCAUUUAAAUAGAUUUUAUGAAAACCGUUAGAAAUUUAAAACUUCUGUAAUAUUAAAAAAAUAAUAUGCAAUAAUUUUAACAAUAUUACAUUUAGACAUGCUCUACUAUAGGUUAAAUAAAAUAAUGUACGCGGCACACAGACGGCGAUAAUAUCGCUAAAGAAAUAAACUAAAAGUAUACUAUAAUUAUGCCGUAACACAAAAAAACAUACAGACGAAUUGAGUACCUCCUUCUUUUGGGAAGUCGAUCAAAAACAAAUAAGGCAGUUAUUACCUAAUAUGUAGAGAUUGUCACAAAUAUUUUUUUAAAAUAUGCAAAUACUUUUUUUUAAAUAAUCCACUGUUGAGUUUUUAAACAGCCUUGCAUCUUGACAAUGCGAAUUUCGUGAUUCCUUUAAUGUUUAUAGCGAAUAUUUUGCUUAGCGACUUGUUCUAAUUUUCUAUUUCAAUUACUAUGUAGGAAAAAAAUCUAGUUUAUUUUUACUUGAUUGCGUAGAUUUGCCGUCUGUGUUUUGUGUACCCGAACUACGGUAAUAUCUCACUGCCAUAUUUAAUAUUGAAGCCAGAAUUUACAAGUAGCGUUUAAGAUGUAGAAAUUGUAUAGAAGGUAAAGGUAUCUUGAAAUUAUAAUAGUUUGGUCUGUAUUUUAGAUUUUGCUUCUUGUGUAAUCUUGUUCGGACAAUAGUUAAAUAACUUGUA